AACGGCUGUGAAGUUCCUGGGAGCGGGCACAGCAGCCUGCUUUGCUGACCUCCUCACCUUUCCACUGGACACGGCCAAGGUCCGCCUGCAGGUAGGCGCCCUUUGGCCGAGGGUCAUUACUCCCAUCAGCGGAGGGGCUGAGUUCUCCACCAGGGCACCUGCAGUGUCUGCCCGCUCGCUCUUCCUCACAGCGGACCCUGAGCAGGCCACUCACCCCACUGCCCACAACCCUGCCUCACCACCUCCCCAUCACCAUCACCCAAGACCAAAAGAUCUUAAUUCCUUGGCAGGACAUGCCAGGGCCCUUCAUGGCCUUGCCCUACUUUGUAAGCCAAAAAGUGAGAAGUAGAAGUAAGGAAUUACUGGGUGAGCUUGGGCAAGCCACUGACAAUUUGUACCAAGAAAAACAAUCCACGCUGUUCUCCCUGAGGAUCCAACACCACACUGUGUACAACAGUCUGUGGGCUGGAAACUGCUACACAAAACUGUCAUUUUUACCGGGAUGUGAUGCUGUGAUCAUGCUUUUCCAAGGUCCAGCCCCAAGCAGGCCCCCCUGCACACAGCCCCAUCCACCCCCCACCCAGCCCCUCACACCGCUGCGGGGUGUCCCUCAGAUCCAGGGGGAGAACCAGGCGGCCCGGAGCGCGCAGUACCGCGGGGUGCUGGGCACCAUCCUGACCAUGGUGCGCACCGAGGGCCCCCGCAGCCCCUACAAAGGGCUGGUCGCCGGCCUGCAGCGCCAGAUGAGCUUCGCCUCCGUCCGCAUCGGCCUCUAUGACUCCGUCAAGCAGUUCUACACCCCCAAGGGAUCGGACCACUGCAGCAUCACUACCCGGAUUUUGGCAGGCUGCACCACCGGGGCCAUGGCAGUGACCUGUGCCCAGCCCACAGAUGUGGUGAAGAUCCGAUUUCAGGCCAGCGUGCACACUGGGCCCGGGAGCAAUAAGAAGUACAGCGGGACAAUGGAUGCCUACAGGACCAUCGCCAGGGAGGAAGGGGUUCGGGGCCUGUGGAAAGGAACUCUGCCCAACAUCAUGAGGAAUGCCAUCAUCAACUGUGCUGAGAUGGUGACCUAUGACAUCAUCAAGGAGAAGCUGCUAAACUACCACCUGCUCACCGACGACUUCCCCUGCCACUUCGUCUCUGCCUUUGGAGCUGGCUUCUGUGCCACAGUGGUGGCCUCCCCAGUGGACGUGGUGAAGACCCGAUAUAUGAACUCACCCCCAGGCCAGUACCGCAGCCCCUUCGACUGUAUGCUGAAGAUGGUGACCCAGGAGGGCCCCACAGCCUUCUAUAAGGGAUUUACACCCUCAUUUUUGCGUUUGGGAGCCUGGAAUGUGGUGAUGUUCGUCACCUACGAGCAACUGAAACGGGCCUUGAUGAAAGUCCAGGUGCUACGGGAAUCUCCAUUUUGACUAAGACAAGGCCACUUGGUACUUAACUCGGACAAAACCAGUUAAGGAUGGAAUAAAGCAGCGGGUCCACACACACAAGGACGUAGACCCACACAUGUUUACAGAACUGUUUACUUGCUGCUGACUCAAGAAACAGAAGAGGAGGAAGGACUGUGGUCUUCAGUGCUUUGUCUUAAGAACACCUUUGUUUUGCACUGACAACAUGGAAAAUAAAUUACAUUAAUUUGUGAAACCCAUCAGGUUGGAUGCCUAACAUUUAGGCAAGGAAAAACAAAACAUCCACUUGGAUAAAACGGAAGUUUGCAAACUUACGUCCCCUGAAAAAUCUGAUUAGACGAUGAAUUAUAAACAGGAAAGGGACAGGAGUGGCACGCGAUUCACUUGGAAAUCAGCUAAGGAGUCUACAGGGGCACCGCCAAAGCAACACAAAGCUUUUGACUGCAGCCUUCGGUUAGCCAUGCAUCAUCAGCUAUAUUUGUAGCGUGCCUGCUGUGUAAAACCCGCUGGGAUUCCAGGAAACGUGAGAAGAAAAGAAAACCUAGAACCUGUGUCAAAGGAGCACUGCUGAGCCAGUAUGAGGCUUAGACCCAUAAAUGUUUGCUGAUGACACUGGAGAAUCAAGAGGGCAGCCUCAGUCUCUUUCCUGUAAAAUGGGAGUAAUAAUCCCUUUCCUCCUACCUCACUUGGGGUGUUUAUGAGGAUCAAGUGAGAAGGUGGGCAAGAAAGCACAUUAUAAAAGCAAAAGCUCUGUACAAAUGUAAAUAGAAGGACCAUGCCUUGGGAAAGAUUUUGUAGGUCAGUGAGGAAGUGCCAGGGAAGAACUUUUUGAAAGACACAGUUGUCUAGAGGUGAGACCAAAGGAACCAGGGGUUUGGGGGCCAGGGGUGACAAAGAAUGAUGUGCAGCUGUGGGAGCCCCCCACUCCGUGCUGGACUGUGAGGCACCUUGAAGGGUGUGGAGUUUGGGGACAAAGAGAUAAAUACUGAGCUGAGAGCCUAAAGUACCAGGAAUCAGAAUUUUUGGAAAAUUACUAUGACUCAAUAAAGGAAUUCACACCUUGAGUGUGGGAAUGAGAAUAGCCACUUUUCUGCCUUCUCUUUCUUGGAUGGAAUCACCCUUUCUCGCUUCAGGCUUCCUGUGUGUCAGCGCUGGGCCACACCUGGCCCACACACAUACACUGCCUUCUGCCCUUCUGCAGGCUGGCUGCUCUGUCGUUUAGGGGUUCGGCACCUCCAUACGUAAAAGGCAGGCUUGAACCAGAUAACCUCCUUCUGAACUUAACUGGCCAUAUUUCACAUUGAUAAUUGGGACCCAGAAUGCCAGACUUUCUGCUUCUUAGCAGCCUGUGUGGCUCUGAUGACAGAACUGGGUUCAAAGCACAGACACACACACAUACACACACACACAACUAUUAGCAACCUAACCAUGGGAAAUUCUUGCACCUCAGAGUCCUACAGAGAAGUGGGAAUGACAAUCCUCACUUUGCAGGAGGUGUUCAGUGAUGUCAUCCUUCCUUCCCUACUCUGACUCCUCUGCACCCUGGGGAAAAACGAACAUCCACUUUCCGAAAUCAGCACUUUCCUAAAUCUAAAUCAUAAUUUUUGAGCAUCUACAUAUACGAAGUGGAAAGUCCAAGCAAAAGCAAAAAAAUAAAAAUUAUUUUGAUUUAAUGUCUGGUUCAGCUUUCAAAUAAAAGCUAUAUUUAAAACUUUCUCUUUCUUUUGACUUGACAGCAUGUGCAAAUCAUUUUUAAACACUUGGUCUUGAUUUGUAAGUUCCUAGAGGCCAAGGACUAUGCCUUCCAUGAGUUUCUAUGUAGCAAUAUUAACCCAUCAUCUAUCCAGAGCACACUAUUCAGAUGAUGCUGCUGAAAGAGAGGGGA